GUCAUGGUGGACGCACUUAACAAGAAUUCCUGAGGGAAAUAUCCUCGCGACCCUCGCUGUCAAGGUAUUUUCCGUCCGACCAAGCUCAAUGCCAGAAGAGCGCACAAUGUCAGUAUUCACGCGGAUGAACUCUGCGCUGCGAAAUCGUCAAAAUGUUAGUACACUUGUGAACAUGACACAGAUCCGGCAGUGGUACAUGUAUGAUUCUACUUCCAAACAUCCAGAGCGUCCGAGCAUCAAUUUUUAUGACCUCGACGCCCAACUGUUUGGGUCCGGACCGAAAGUAGGCAAACAGCACCAUGAUACGAGGAACAGCUUGUUGUCGACCGAAAGUGCUGGAGGAGAUGAAGAAAUCGAAGAUGAUGAGUCCAGUUCUUGGUUGGACAAUGCGGAAGAGAGUUUCACCGCAUGCAAUGAUGCUGAUUUCAACGUCGAAUCUGAGAUAGAUCUCAGUGCAGAGAGGUUGUUGGCUGUAUUGGCGGAGGUAAGUCCUGGUGGCACACACAAAGACAAGGGAAAAGGCAAAGUCACAGCUGAGGUUGAGAUCGAGGGGAAUGAUAACGUCGAUAACGAGUGGCCGGAAGAAUGGGAUCCAUGAGCGGCUAGCUAGGUCAUUAGCAAUGUUUUUGCCCGCUAAACACAACGUCACGUGACUUGCUAAAAAGUGGCUAAUAAUCCGCUAGUUAAUAACUCCCCAAGAGCCGCCUGGCUAAAAAGCAGGCUAAUAAUUCGUCGAUUAAUUUUA